AAACUCAUCAGUUAUCAGUUACAGCUUAUCAUUAUUUUAACUGUCACACUCACAUGAUAACUACACUGAUGCACAACAGCAGCUUGUAAACUGAAACUCUUUAACGACUAAAAGAUAAUCAUAAUUCGUUGCUUUAACAGUCAUCCUUGCCAUUCGAACUGCUAUAAAUAGAGCACUCAUUUACAAACCAAGCUCAUCACUCGUCAUUUGAAAUGGCUCUUGUAUUUCCGAAACCAUCCAAACUCACUUCCUUAUCAAUAUUGCUCCUGAUGAUAGCUUUAGCUCUAACCCCUUGGGAAGGCAAUGGUGAACAACAGAGCUUAGUGUUCUUCCUGCAAGACGUGGCAACAGGACCUAAUGCGACGGUGGCCGCAGUGGCGGGUGUAAAAGGGAAGGAAUGGUCCUAUAACACAUUUGGAAGCAUUUAUGUAGUAGAUGAUCCGGUGACACUGGGUCCUAAUAAGUACUCAGCCCCGGUCGGGAGGGCUCAAGGUCUGCUUGCUACCUCUUCUUUGGAUGGUUCUAAUGUAAAUGUGAUGAUCUCAAUUGUGUUCACCAAUUUGCAGUAUAAUGGGAGCACCUUGCAAAUUCAAGGUGUUAGCCGCCAAGUUGAGAAUUACAGAGAGGUGUCUGUGGUUUCAGGGACUGGCAGGUUUCGCUUUGCUAGGGGAUUUGCUGCGCUUGAGACUUUGUACUAUGAUCCCACUACUACCUACUCUAUCGUUCGCUUGACUAUCACUUUGCUUAAUGCUUCUCAUCGUUAAAUUUCCAUGUCUCUUCAAUCUCAUUUAUAGUCCUUGUAUUAAUAUGAGAUGUGGACCCAUAACUAAAUCCCUUUAUCAGGUUCCGCGUCCUUACGUUUGAAUAUGAUCUUGGUCUUUGUUAUUCCAAUGGCUUGAAUUUCUCCAGUUUCAAAUUACAUCUUUUUCUUACCUUAACAUAAAACAGACGAAUAUAGACCAAUACGUAGCACCGGACAUACUUAUAAUAAAGCACCAUAAAGCACCGGUUGUCUUUCUACAAGUAUGUUAUCCAACAUCUAA